AUGCCCGCCGGUAAGACCAGGAAGAGGAUUCGCAACCGGCUCUUUGCGCCGUGCCGGUCGCGGCACGAUGCAGCUCUCAGUGGCGGCGGCGGCCUCAAUCCGCCCGCCCGGAGCGUCACGAACCGCACCACUUCGGACCGCGCCGUCUCCCCUAUUCCGCCUUCUUCGCACGCCGGCGCCGCGGGGACGAGGUCGCGGGCGUCGAUCUACAACGACGCUGCGCUGACGCCUUCGUACCGCUCGCACCCGCAGCUGGCGUCCGUCAACGUGCCCGAGAAUGGGCUGGCGAGGGGCGCGCUGACGGUGCGCAAUCCGGGAGCAGCCUCGCUCGCGUCGGGCGCGUCGUCGGCCUACUCGGUGCAGAGCUGCUGUUCGCCGCACCUGUCGACCAUCUCCGAGUCGAACAAAGGGCGGACGACGACUGGGACGGAAGCGUCGUCCAGCAGUACGACGUCGCGCUCCUCUUCCCACCACCACCACCACUCCCAUCAUCAUCAUCAUCAUCAUCGACAGCCGUCAGACUCUCCUUCUCGGCUGGAGGAGUCCAAAGAGCCGGCACGGUCAGAAGAGCUGCCGGAGGAAAGCACUGAGGGACAGCCAGAGACUGCUACCAUCGUUCCUGAUGCUCACACUCCGGGGCCGGUUCCAGCCGACACGGCCAAUACCAAUUACCUCACACCGGGCUGGCAUCGGCGCAACGACUCACACUCGUCACUGCUAAAGUCCCGCGCCGAGUUCUGCCGCCAACCGGUUGACUCGCCCUUCACUGGCACCUUCCCGGACGACAUCGCGGCGACGGCGUACGCGCUGAUCGCCGCCUCCGAGUCGGUCCAGGAGCUGAGGCACGCGCUGGACUGGGCCGAUGGCGGCUCCUCCUAUUGCGAUGAAAAGCCCCGCCACGAGGACGACGAAGACGACGACGCCCGGCCGUCAGUCGACCAGGCGAUGGACCGCGAUGGAGCGCAGACCGCAGCAGAUCAAGCACCUCCCACCACCCCCACAGCCACCACCGCCCUCACUGCUGCCGACGACGACGACGACGACACCGCCGCGGCGCCGUCAUCGGGCCAACAUGUGGACGGUGGAGGCGCCAAGCUGGACCACCCCCCCGCGCCGCCGAUCAGCGUCGACGAUUCGGUAUCGGUGUAUUCGCAGUCGUCGUCAUCGGAAGAGGGGCAGGACGAUCGUCAGCCCGCGCACGAUUCCAUCUCCUUGACGGUCGACGAACUGUUCGGGCCCGCAUCCGGCGCAGCGGCGCUGCUGCCGCCGCCGCCGAACAGCGGCGUCGAGAGGGAAGAAGAGGACGUCCAAACUGCUGCCAGUGCCGCACCACUGCCACCAUCGUCAUCGUCGUCGUCAUCGUCAUCAUCAUCAUCAUCAUCAUCUGCUGCGGCCGAGAGUCCGGCCCCGACGUUUUUCGCCGAGUUGACGUUCAGGCCGGCGCCGCUCCGGCCGCAGAAACGGUCGGCGACGCCGCCGCCGCCGGUCGUCGAGGAUGUGAGCGAGAUGAAGAGCAUCGUCCCGGACUUCGCUGUGGCGGAAGGUGCGGACGAUGCGGCUUCGGAGGUUCUGGCCGACGAGGACUUUGCGGACGACGAUGAAGACGAGGCCGUGGGCAGUCGGGAGACGACGUCGCAAGAAGAGAAGGAGACUGAGCUUGAGAAACGGCAGGGGUCAUCGCUGACAGACGACGACGACGACCGCAUCUCAAGCCCGGGAGAUCUGGCGCCGUCUGGCGUGGAGGAGACUGAGGUGGAUCACGUGGCCGCUGAAGUUCGGGAUCAUGGUGUCGAUGCUGUGGAUUCGUUGCAGCCGAAGCAGUAUGCCGUACCUGAGUACCGCCCGAAAACACCUGAGAGCGCCGCGACUUCUCUUCCCGAUCCUGAUUUUAUCAUCGCCUUCCCCACGGCUGAGCCUCGAGUUGAGUCUCGGGUUGAGACCCGAGUUGAGCCUUGUGCGGAGCCCCGUGUAGAGUCCCGAGCUGAGUCUUGUGCGGAGUCCCGUGCAGAGUCUCGACCUGAGUCCCGGGUUGAGGAUUGUGCGGGGUCCCGUGCAGAGUCUCGAGUUGAGUCUCGUGCGGAGUCUCGUGCUGAGUCUCUGGUUGGCGAGGAUCAAGCGCCUGUCUCCAGCACUCAGUCUGCACCGUCACUAGCGGAUGGCUUUGUUGAGGAGCGGCCGCGAACGCCAGAUCAUGCUACCGGCAACUCCGCAUCUUGCGAUGCGGAACUGAUCUCGCAGACCCCGGACGAUGUAAGAUCUCUUGGUGACCACCAAAAAAGCUCUCCGGAUGACGGAAGAAGUCCUCCUCUCGACGGUAGGGACGCUCCGACCGAAGGAAGCUCUCCGCAAGAUGAAACGAACCCUCCAUCUGACACACACGUUCCAGAUGAAAGCUGCAAACCCGGCUCGUCGGCUGACGAGGAGAACAACAACCUCGACAACGACGGAGACUUCGGCUGCUACCCGGACGACGACGGCCCCGGCACCAGGAGCAGCAGCAGGAACUCGGAGUACUCGUCCUCCCUUAACGGACAGACGCUCGUCGAAGAACACAGCGACAACAAAGAAAUCAUCAUUCUUCCUUCAGCGGAUGCCGCCCUGGCAGAAGCGCGCCCUGAUGUUGCGGAAGCGGCAGCGGAUGAUGUUGAAGAGCAAACUGGCCAGUCUGGUUCUCCAGCGGCUUCUCCUCAGCAUCCAGCCGCCCAAGCAGACAGCCUACUCCCUCCAGCCCCUUACCAGCUGGAGGAAUGUCCCUCUCCAGCAAUAGCUGUAGCGCCGACGCCCCCGGCCCUCCCGAAAACUCCACCGCCACCGCAGCAACCGGCCUUGUACUUCGACCAUGACGAAGUCGAUGCCGGCACUCCCGAUGCCGCCACCACCGGUACCACUACUCCGUUCCCUGCCUUCUUCGCCUCCGACACCUGCCGCACCUGGUCGUCAGACGGCGGUCUCCUGCGCAUCACCGGCGCACCCGGCUCGGGCAAGUCGACGCUGAUGGCCAACCUGGUGGAACACUUUGAGGAGACGAUGAUGAUGACGGCUGCUGCUGCCCCCAGUACUGCGACAGAAGACGUUUUCACCAGCCCCAAGAGUGGCGGUGACCGUCCGAGCAGCAGCAACGGUACCAUUGUCUCGUACACAUUCCACGCCGCCGAGCCGGUCAUGGUGGACCCGAACCAGCACGCCCGCGGCAAACCCGUUUCUGGCCUCCUGCACGCGCUGGCCCACCAACUGGCCCAGCAGGAGCAAGAGCAGCUACAGCAUGACAAGAGAGAUUACCUGCCUCACAACGGAAGCGAUGCCCCCUCGGAGCUCGCAGCACUGUAUGCGGCCGACGGCGAGGAGCAGCAGCGCCACGCGCUGAGCAGGUGGGACUUGUCGGAGAUGGAGCUGCAGGAAGUGCUGCUCAAGCACGCGCGGACUAGGUACUGCGGCAGCACGGGGAAGUCGCGGGGCCGACGGCUGUGGGUCUUUGUGGAUGCGGUGGAUGAAGUUGGGAACGAGGAGGCGGUGGGCGAUCUGCUGGACUUCUUCGCGAAGCUGGCGGCGGUGCCGGCGGUCGGGGUGUGCGUGUCGGCGAGGGAGGAAGUGGGGAAGGCAGUGUUCAGGCCGGGCGACGAGAACGGCCUGCAGGUGCGGGUGGAGGACUUCAACGCGGAGGACAUCGCCGACUACGUGCGCGGCGAGCUGGCCUUCGCGCUGGACCACUUCACCGAGAGAGAGUUGGAGGACGUGAGCCAGGUCGUCGAGAAGAGGGCGAGAAAUGUCUUCCUCUGGGCCAUCCUGGCCGUUGACAUGGUGCAGAGGGACUUCAGGGGCCGCACACGCAAAGCGGUCCGGGAGGCGAUCGAGCGACUCCCCUUCCAGCUCGACGACAUCUACCGCGAGCGGGUCCUGAACGUGCCGGCCGACCAGCGCGAGCCGUGUCUGCGGCUGCUCCAAUGGGUCUGCUUCGCCACGAGACCGCUGACCCUGCGUGAGCUCCGCGUCGCGCUCGUCCUCCGGCCGGAGACCAAGAGCCUGGCAGACGUCUACGCCGCGCCCGACUACAUCGCCAGCGACGCCGACAUGGCAGACGCCCUCGUCCACCUCAGCCGCGGUCUCCUCCACGUGCCCGCCUUCGACGUCCACUCGGCGCCCAUUGCCGCGCCCGUCCACGCAUCCGCAAAGGACUUCCUCGUCACCCGCAACGGACUGGACAUCCUCGCCCCUGAGACGUCGACACGCCCGACCCGGACCACGACCGACCUCCUCCUCUCCCGCCGGCUGCUCCACUUCCUCUCGUUCCCGGAGUACCACGACACGUCCAGGGACCCGGCGACGCUUCCCCUGGCCUCGUACGCGACCUACUCGUGGCACCUCCACGCCGAGUCGGCCGAGCACCAUGGCGCCGACCAGUCGGACCUGCUCGACCUGCUGCACACGGCCCCGACGUUCCCGCGGUGGUGGUGGUGCCACGCGACCAUCCUGUCCUCCCCUUCGUUCUCGCACCCGCACCAGCCGCCGCUGGACGUCAUGGACGACCGCCUGGCCGAGCUGCUCUACAUCCAGCACCGGCGCGCCGACCUGACCAUCUUCGACCUCGCCGCGGCAUGCGGCCUCUGCAGCACCAUUGGCGCCGCGCUGACGGCCAUCGCCGAGACCUUCUCGCCCACCACCUCCUCGUCUGACACCGGCGGCCUCGACCACGACAUCGGCGGCGGCGGCAACGCCGAGCGCACUCUCCUCCACUGGGCCGCCUUCUCGGGCAACGAGGCCAUGGUCGCCUUCUUCCUCGCCCGCCCGGACGCGCGCCCCGCCGCCGUCGACCGCAGGGGCCAGACGGCCCUGCACAUCGCCGUCAUCCAGGGCCACGCGCGCAUCGUGCGCACCCUCGUCGCCGCCCUGCCGCCCGGCGUUGUCGACCGCCGCGACGACGACGGCCGCGCCGCGCUGCACUACGCCACCCUGCUGCAGGACAAGGCCGUCAUCGAAGCCCUGCUCCAACCACCACCACCCGGCUCCACCGGCGGCCCCGCAGACGUCAACGUCCGCGACGCUUCCGGCGCGACCCCGCUGUUCGCCCCGUGCAAGGCCGGCGACGCCGACGUCGUCGAGCGCUUCCUGCAGCUGGGCGGCCCCGCCGUCAACGUCAACAUACGGACCUCGCCGCCCGCCGACGACGACGUCGCCAUGGACAACAACAGCAGCAGCAACCCCUCCUCGCCCCUCAAGCCGCCCCAUGCCGCCGCCGCCACCGCCGCCAACAAGAAGCAGACCGUCCUCCACGCCGCCGUCUCCCGCCGCCGCCGCGCCGUCGUCCGCCUCCUCACGAGCACCCGCCCCGACCUCGACGUCAACGCCCGCGACGGCGCCGGCGACGCGCCCCUCGCCCUCGCCGUCCGCACCGAAGACGUCGCCACCGUGUCCAUCCUCCUCUCCCGCCACGACAUCGACGUCAACAUCCGCCGCAGCCUCCUCCCAACCACCACCACCACCUCCCCCUCCUCCUCUCCCACCAGCGGCACCACCAGCAACGACGACAACCCCUACACCACCACCCCCCUCCUCUCCGCCGCCGUCUCCACCGGCAACCCCGCCCUCGUCGCCGCCCUCGCCGCCCGCCCCGACCUCGACGUCAACGCCCGCGGCGAGCACUGGCGCUCGCCGCUGCACACGGCCGUCGGCCUCGGCCACGCGCGCGUCGCCCGCCUGCUGCUGCGAGAACGCGCCGACCUCGACGUCAACGCCCGCGACGUCGACGGCUGCACCGCCCUCAUGGACGCCGUCGCCAGCGGCCAGGUCGACGUCGUGCGCGCGCUGCUGGCCCGGCCGGACGCGGACGUCUUUUCCGGGAGGGGGCUGCUGAUGGCCAUGGCGAGGGGGGAGGGGGUGAGGAGGGUGUUGGAGGAGAGGUUUGCGGGGGUGGUGGGGGUGUAG